GGCGCCGCGCCGCGCCGGCCGGGUCGGUGUGAGGAUGGGGCGCCGCCCCGGUCAGACGAGACGAGCCGCCGCCGGGAAGUUUCGGGUCGGAUCCGACCGUGCUGCAGUGCACUGAAAGGGCACCGCGCGCUGGAAUAUCAAGUUUCCUGAGAGUGGGCGUUUCGGUGGAUAGUGGAAGAUAAGUGCGUGAUGAGAGUGAGUUGGGCCGAUAUAUAAUGCUGGUGCAGACGUCCAUUGGUCGAUGCUGUGAGCGGGGCACACGAUCCGAGUGCUGAUCUGUCGGCUGCCGUCGUUUUCCGAGCGCCCGCCGCGCCGGCCAGAUGGGUCAGGCGGCUCUGCAGGGCGAUCGCCGGCCCGUGACACCGCCGACGCCGAGCCCGCUGCUCUCCAACGGAGGCGGCGCCGGCCUGUCGCGACCGGGACACGCUUCAGAGACGGCCCACAGCCGCCAGCGGGGCUGCUCCGACUGCGGCUGCGGCUGCGGCGGCGGCGGCUGCUCGCUGGUGACGCUCUUCUCUCGGCUGAUUUCGCUCUUGGUGGACACACCUGACGGUGUGAAGAGAAGGGAAUCGGACACAGCUGCACAUACAGAAAAUUGCACGGAAACAGAUCGGAGUACAGAGGUGGUCAUCGAAAGAAAAACAGAUGGAGUCCACAUAUCGCUCUCAGGUGCGUCCAGCAGCAGCAGCGGCGCCGGCAGCGGCGGCGCCUCGCCCGUCUCGGACGGCGACCGACUGCUGCUCUCUACCCUCGACACGCGCCGCACGCGGCCGCUGCACACGGGACGCUUCCUGACGCUGCACAAACGGCGCAGGAAGCGACUGUGCACCCGCCAGCUGGCGCAACACCGGGCACUGCUCGACGACGUCUACCACGGGCCUGUUCAGCUGGUGUUGGAGCGGAUCGAGCGAUGGAACUUCAACGCCUUUUCCCUGGACACCGUAACUGGAGGUCGCUCCGUGCCAGUUCUGUGUGUUCAUCUAUUCAAGGAGUUUGGACUCACGAGGGCUUUCAAGUUGGACGUUGUUAAAGUGUGGAAGUGCUUCUCCAUGAUCGAGGAGGGCUACCACAACACCAACCCGUACCACAACUCGAUUCACGCUGCCGAUGUCACGCAGGCCAUGUACUGCUUUCUGAUGGAGCCAAAGAUGCGGGAGCACCUGACGCCUCUGGAGCGGAUGGCUGCCGUCCUGGGGGCGGUGUGCCACGACCUCGACCAUCCGGGAGUCAACCAGCCGUUCCUGAUUGCCACUGCCAACCACCUGGCCACGCUCUAUAAGAACGCCUCUGUUUUGGAGAACCACCACUGGCGGAUGGCCGUCGGCUGCGUGGCCGACUCGGGCAUGCUCAGUCACCUGGAGCCGGGCCGGUUCUCCGAGCUCAUGUCCCAGAUACGCUCCCUCAUCCUGGCCACCGAUAUUGCGCGCCAGGCCGAAUUCAUCGGUCAGUUCCAGCGCUACCUUGCCACGUCGACAUUGGACCUGCGCCGGCCGCUGCACCGGCAUUUCGUGCUGCAGAUCGCGCUCAAAUGUGCCGAUAUCUCCAACCCGUGCCGACCCUGGGACAUCAGUCACAAGUGGAGUAAAAAGGUCUGUGACGAGUUUUAUCGUCAAGGAGACUAUGAGAGGAGACUAAAGUUGCCAAUAACGAGCUUAUGCGACCGAACGAGCAGUUCGGUGGCCAGGAUACAAGUUGGGUUUUUCCGUCACGUGGUGCGUCCGCUGUUCCACGAGUGGCACCGCUGGCUGGGCACACCGCUCUCCUCCGAGAUGGUGCGCAAUCUGAACGAGAACCACGCCCGCUGGGAGGCCUGGAUGCAGCAGGAGACAGAGGAGGAGACCAAGACGGAGAUGUCGGAUACGGACCCCACCGAUGACCCCGUCUCCGAGAGUGUCUCCGAGACCGAGCUGCGUGAGCUGCUGACGGUGCCGACGCAUGGCAGCCGCCGGCAUAGCGCGCCGGUCGCCUUUCCCGCUACAGUAGCGCGCACAAUCAUACGAAGAGAGAGCCUGCCGGCCCAGCCGCCGCGCCGGCUGCACACAGAGACACUGGUGCAUAUGCACGGCGCCGGCGGCCCCAGCCUGCUCUCCGUGUGCUCACUGGCCAGUCUGCGUGUGCCCGAGGAGUAUGAGGGUGAAAGUGACGUCAGCACCGAACUGCUGCUGCCCGACCCUUCCAUCACGAGUAUCACGGCCGCGGGAACAGCCACGCCAAUCUCCAACUGGACUCCGACGCCCAAUCGGGACGGCUCGACGGCCAGUCUGGCUAGCCUGGCGUCACCCGAGUCGCCGCCCUCGCCAUCCUUACCGCCUCCGCCGCCAUGCGCGGCCGCGCGGUACAACUGCCGUCUGGAGCGACAGAGGACGUUCCCAGUCACCCAGCCCGGCGACGCGUCUCGAGUAAGAUACCUGUCUCUGCCGGUGGCGGCACCGGUCAUCCCCGGCGGCGUCUGUCGCGACGGACAGGGCUGCGGUACCCCUCCGACCGCCGGCAUCGAGACGCAGCUGGGCGCUCUGCAGUGGCCGCCGCGGUCUGCUGCGGGCCGCGGUCACCCGUCCGAUACAGGCCCGGAGAGCCGGCGGCCGGCGGGCGCGCUCGGGGAGCUGCUGCGCCGCCGCGGCUCGGCACCCGUCCAGCUGGGUGGCUGCGCUCAGGAGGCCCGCGUGACCGGCUCACUGGCCAGAAACAGCUCAUUUACUGAGGGGAUGCAUGUGGAGGCCCCGUGGUGUGAGCGCACUGAGCGACUGGUGGCCGACUGGCUGCCGCCGCGGCCCGGUGCGCUCUCGGCUGCCGAGGGCGGCUGUACCGCCGCCGCUGCUGCCGCCGGUCCCGUGCCGCUCAGCCAGCUGCGCGUAGCGCUGCUGGUGCGGCUGCGGGCGGUGGCCUCGGCAGACGGAGCGCCGCCGCCACCGGCACCGCCGCCGCUGCCCGCAUGCCAGCGGCGCGGCUCGCUGCCCACCGAACUCAUGGGUCUCCGUAGUCGUCGGUAGCCAACAUGGCGGGCGCUGGCGGGACACCGCUCGGCCGACGGACAGACGCCACUCUGCCCGUCCGGCGAGCCCUCUCGUCCCCGGCCAUCUGACCCACCCGGCCGCCAGCCAUGACAAGCUCUAGUGCAAAAUUGGGUUUAGUCUUGUGAUGAGAGCAAGUUCUAGACUAGAUAUACGGUACAAACGGUCAUGAUGAUUUUCCAAUUUUUUAAGUGCUGAGAUCUUGUAUUUGAUUGGAGCCUCGGCUCCUGGCUCAACGCUCGCUCUCUAUCUCUUGUCUGGUCGACUGUGUUCGAUGGUCGGCUGUGUACGUUGCCAUCGGAGCCGAUGUGUUGUGUUGCCGUCCGACGAGAUGGGUCGCGGCCGCUGGCAGCCAGCCGUCUCUGCCGGCCGCUCCUGGCGCUCCGGCCGCGCCGCUCCUGCCGCCCCGGCCGAGCGGACGCCGCCAUCAGUCAGGACAGCGGUCGGGCCCGGCCGCCAAUGCUCAGCCUGGGAGCCAUUGCGCCCGGCGUGUGUGCGUGAACGCUCGUCUGUGGUUGUUCUGUCGGACUUUGGUAGAUGAAUGUUGGUCGGGCCGCACCCCGACUUCUCCCCGUUACCUCAGUGUUUGUCCUUGACACGGGAGUAGGUAGGACCGUGUUUAUUUAUUGAAGUAGUCUUUCUGUGUGGGUGUGUCAGAACUCUGGGUGGGUUGCACUGGCUCUCCGUAACUAAGGAGUGGCCGUGCACGGCUGACUGCACCCGGCGUAGACGUAGUGCGUCGGAUUUCGUCCGACGGUGGCGCCGCCCCGGUGGCGCUACGGAGGUAAACGAUGUCAGUUCUAGCCAAAUCAAACCAGUGUGCCGUCGACCGGCGCGGCGUGGCGCCGCCGGUCGUACGUAGUUCGCUGGCGUCGCGUCCCCGUCAGCGGUUGGCCUACCUGUCCGAGGCUGGCUGUCUCUCUGUGGGAGUGCGUCAGAAACUGGCGAGCGUGUGGCGACUAUCUUUGGAUGAAACGACCGCUUUUGUAUCACCCGUUCGUUUGUACCACCAUUCCCAAUGUGUGUGGUUUUCUAAUAUUUCUUUUAUAUGGCCCAUCUGACAAUUUUAUACGUGUCAAUAAAGAAUCUGAUGA